UUCAGCUGCAUGUUUUGACCAAAACCCGACGAAUAUGUCGAAAAUGACCAACGUAAAUUCAAGUUUGGCUUACGAAAUAUUGUUGUACUUGAAUAAUUUUUAUUUGGGCAUGUUUUUCGUGUGUGAAGUGGCCAUUGGGAUAUUGAAAGCGAUAAAUGUGUCGUACCCAGAGAACGCCUUGCUAACUGAAACUGGUAUUUUCGGCGCCUUGUGUGUUAUUGAGGCUUUCCGCAUAUUUUUGGGACAGAGAGGAAACUUGUCUAGUAAAAAAGUUCCAGUGUUCUUUUCAGUCCUACUCACAAUACCCUCAGCAGUAGGAGUCUGCUAUUUCCUCAUCUACCAAACCUACAUUAUAAGGCUGGAAUACAUCUGGUGCGCCGUAAUGCUCAUGUUCCACGCCCUGGAGAUGGCCUUCGCCAUCCUGUUCAUGUUCACAGUAUGCAAAAACCAACAAUAUGACUAGAAUAAGUACCAAAGUACCUCGGUGCCAAAGAGAUACUAAAUAAUGCCAAAAGCUGAAAAACUGAAAAACUAAAACAUUCCAAUUUUAAAGUGUGUUUUUCUGUUCAUAAAGUAGUCUCUUAUUUUAUAUACAAGUUAGUGAUUUAGGAAAGAAACAUUUAAAGGAAAGUUGUUUGUAGGAUAUAUUUAGGUGAAGGUAGAUAGGUAACAUAGGUAUAUUAUGCUUUAUUAAACCCUAAGUAUUAUAUAGUUUAUAUUUAAGUGUUUGUUGUUUGAAGCUUAGGCGCCAUUCAUUUAUUACGUAAGACGAUUUUUGCCAGUUUUUAACCCCCUUCCUCCCCUUUGUAAGAAAUAAUAAGAAAAGGCUGACCCCCUCCCCCUAUAUUGGUUAUAUUACAUAGGAAUCUACAGGAAGAAAUGAAUACACGUUUGGUUUGUUUUAGUGUUAAUCUUUAAAGGUACUGGAGCCCGUUUAAGCUAACUCUACACCGUGUUGUGGGUCAGUGUUAUUUUAAACGUCAUAAUUUCACGUAAGAACUGAAAACCCCCUCCCUCCCCCUUGUAAGAAAAAAUAAGAUAUGUUCGACCAUCCCCCUCCCCCUAAAUCGUCUUACGUAAUAAAUGAAUGGCGUCUUACUAGUUGUUAAAAAUACACCGGUCAUACUUGUAUUCAGCUACUGCCUUAAUUACUUAACUCAAUGCACAGAUUUGUAUGCAAAUGUUGUAAUAGCUUUGUAUACCUGAAAUAUAUGAUAGAAACCAAAUAUAUCAUUUAUACAUUUUUACUUACAUAAAUUAUUGAUCAAACCAAAGGAGAGGUUACAGCCUAAAAUAUAGUUAAUUCUCAAGUGAUUUUUUUUUAAUGAUUGUUAUAUUUUCUUUAUUUUCUAUUAAAACAAUAAAGUGAGCUAAAAACAUAAUGACCUAAACUAAAAAACUUACAAAUAAAAAGUGAAUUAUUUAAUUUUCAAGUCUCAAAAUUAAUUUAUCUUAAUAUGUACUGACCUGUAUUUAAAUGUGUUUAUUGAUGCAGUUGAUUAGAUGUUGUUAGGAUGCCAGAUGCUGACCAUGAGGUCAGCUUCAUAAGAAAUUAAAACCAUUGGACCAUAUUAUAGUAAAAUUACUACAGAUUUGACAAAUACUAGGACACAGUACUAAAAUGUUAAGCUAUGUUUUAGGACAACUAGUAAACAACGU